AUGUCUCUGCCAAGCCAUGAGGACUCUGCGGCACGAGCUGCGCUGUGUCCCUGUGGGCUCCUGCGUGCUGCGAUCCUGCCCCUCAAAUGGUUCUAUGGCAUCAGGAUGCAGGUGUGGGGCUCUGAGCACCUGAACAUCAAGGGGCCCUAUGUGAUAGUUUGCAACCACCAAGCUUCUCUUGACCUCAUGGGCAUAGUGGAGGUCAUUCCUGACCGCUGUGUGCCCGUCGCCAAGAAGGAGCUCAUGUACAUGGGCAUCGUGGGGUGGGCCUGCUGGCUCAGUGGCAUCAUCUUCAUCGACCGCCACAAAAGAGAAGAUGCAAUCGAUGUCAUCUCCCAGACGGCCAGGACCAUGCGGCGUGAAAAUCUCCGAGUCUUGAUUUUCCCUGAAGGCACCAGGAACCAGGACAAAUCCAUGCUGCCCUUCAAGCGCGGGGCUUUCCACUUGGCCGUGCAGGCUCAGGUUCCCAUUUUCCCCAUCGUGAUCUCCCCAUACUGGGACUUCUUCAGUUCCAAGGAUAAGAAAUUCACCUCCGGGACGUGCACCAUCCGAAUCCUCCCCAAGGUAGAAACCCAGGGCCUGAGCCCAAAGGAUGUCCCUGAACUGACAGAAACUGUCCGCCAAGCCAUGGCUGAUGCCCUCACCGAGAUGUCUGCAAAUCACCCUGGGCACCAGCGCACUGAGCAGCCUCCGGUCCCACGUUGUGCUAGCGUCGGUGCUGGCAGGGGGACGGGCAGCCCACAGUGCGAGGAGGACACAACCAGGACCAGCAAUUAG